GCUGCCGAACCCUGUACAUCAGUUUUCUCUCUGCUACUCUCCUGUCAUGUUUUCGCUCUCCGAAACAUUCCGAUAUUUUUCCGUACGUUCUCUAUCAACAAGAAUGGCUUCGACGUUGGCCGUAAUCCAGUGCUAAACCUUACGAACCGAAGGCAAAACAAAAACACAAACUCAAAGCAAAGCAAUUUCUAACGGUGGUGCUCAAUAGACGAAUCUGUAUCUAAUGUGAAUAACGUUCAUUUUGCGUGUGCUUUCGUCGCUAGAGUACGCCAAACCGUGGUUUACCAUCAUCGAUGACAAUGGAGCAGCAGACAGAUAGCGUCAGCGUUGCAGCAGAAGCUUGCGGACGACCGAGCACCCACGGGCGGCCCAACUCCGAUCGAAUAUCGAAAGCGGCCACUGCACCCCGUACAUCGUCCGCGGACGGUAUUUGUCGGUUCAAUUGGUUCCUGUCGCUGCGAAGAAAGCGGUCCUCAUCCGCCACGACUGUGGUGGUGGCCACAGCCCACAGCAAGAAGAACGAUGGUGCGGGAGCUGUCAAGGAUGAGUUGUUUACCAGCGAUGAAAACAAUCACAACAGCCACCACGAAGGUGGUAGUGUGUUUUACACCCUGCGCAAACGGUUCCAGAAGAAAUUUACCUCGGUCAAGGUGAAAGCAUUUGAGCCAAAUGUGGCCAACACGUUGGGGUCGGCCACGACAAACGGUAACACCGCCAGCACAAACACAAACUGCAACGAUACGGGCCGCUGCAACGGUGGUGUGACGCAGGAUCGACUUCCGGCCGAUACGUGCGUAAAUGGAAGUGAUUUCGCACGGAUCGUUAUUGAACGGCAUGCCCAGAAUCCGAUACGGUUUUCGUCACCCAAUGCCAACCUACCUGUGAUAAUGAACAGUAGAGAUACUGAACCAAAUGCGGUCGACGAAAGCAGACCACCGUUGGUAACCGCAUCAUCCGUUACUGUCCCAACCGACCAGAGCGCUUCCGAUAUGGACGACAUGAUGGCACAGAUGCGUAUCGAUCUGCUACAGUACGGUUGGUACUGGGGCAAACUGACACGACUAGCAGCCCAGAAACGGCUUGCCCAGAAAGUGAACGGGACGUUUCUGGUACGGGAUUCACAGACGGAAAAGCAUCAGUUUACGGUCAGUUUCCGAAGUUCCGGAAUAACGCUACACUGUCGCAUUGAUUUUGAAAACAAUUACUGGUCAUUCUCUGGCUUAACAACACCUACGAACUACAAAACGAUGGUGGAUUUGAUACAGGAUACGAUGAAAAAGUCCGAAUACGGUGUGAUAGGUUAUGUGAAGCAAGACACAACCCUAAUGCCCCCGUUUCCUGUCCGCCUCACCAGGCCCGUUAAUCGUUUCUACGAAGUUUCCUCCCUACAGCAUUUAUGCCGCUUUAUCAUACGGCAAAAGAUUGAUGCCAAAUCGAUCGACGAACUGCCACUGCCGGAAAAGCUGAAGGAAUACGUAGAGGAGAACUUCUACGAUCUCUAGUUAGGCGUUUGGAUAUUGGAAUGGAAGUAGUGUAAAGGAAGCGAUUCAUACCUAACGAAGGAUAAAUAUGUGUCCCUUCUACCAGUGAAAUCUCAAUUAGGUAAAAUGGCGGGGCUGAUUCGUCCAGGACGAUCGUAGGAAAAACAAAGCUGAUCGCCGUAUUGAUCUGCAAAUUGGCAAAUUCGAAUGCACUCUGUAUAGCAUGAUCACGUUUCAACAGUUCGUUUCCUCAUCCUUAAUGGCCAACCAAUGCCGGAAAUACUAUUCGCUCCAUUCAUAUUAGCAAAGUAGAUUAAUUCCAAACACGAAGGCGAUGAACUUCUGUGCGACCUAAGUUGUCUUCACAAACGGAACACACACACACACACACAUACAUAAUAUGUACAUAGAUAAUUGUCCUUGUCACGAUUGUAUCACCAAAGAUAAGCAGUCAGAGAAUUGAUCGACUACACAAUAAAAAGAAGUUCUAAUGUAUGAAAUUAA